ACUAAUAAAAAGCCGGGCCGAAAUCCUAUAAAAUUUUGUAACUUCCGCAUUUGCAGUAAGCAGAAUAAUGUACAACAGUGGGUGUUAUCAGUUAAAUUGAGGUUGAUAUGUACAACAACUUUGUGAACAAGAAUCUCAACGAUUUUUAUUAACUACAGAAGAUGAAAUUGUGUAUCGGGAGUCUGCUUAUUGUGUUAUUCUGUGUACACCUACAAGCUGAGGAGGAGGAUGAUUAUUAUAAACUCCUAGGUGUAGGCAGAGACGCAACCGUUAAAGAAAUCAGAAAAGCCUUCAAAGUUCUGGCUGUUAAACUACAUCCAGACAAAAAUCAAGAUGACAAAAAUGCUGGUGCGGUUUUUGUAAAAUUAGCUAGGGCUUAUGAAGUAUUAAAGGACCCGCAGACUAGAAAACAUUACGAUCUGCAUGGUGAUUCACCCGAUUCUGUUAAAAAACAACAGUACCACAGUUAUACAUAUUACAGAGACCAGUUUGGAAUAUAUGACGAUGAUCCAAUUAUUGUGACCCUCAGCAGAAAUGAUUAUGAACUGAAUGUUUUGGACAACAACCAGGCAUGGUUUGUUAAUUUUUAUUCUCCCAAUUGCCACCAUUGUCAUGAAUUGGCCCCGACUUGGCGAAAAUUGGCGCGGGAAUUAGAAGGUGUUAUACGUAUUGGUGCUGUGAAUUGUGAGGAUGAUUACGCUUUAUGCUACCAGCUGUCAAUAGAAGCUUAUCCCACAUUGUUGUAUUACGAGAAAGAGUCCCAUGUGUACGAAGGUGAACGAUAUAGAGGUGACAGGAGUGUGGAAGCGUUAGAGGAUUUUGUGCUGUCAAAAAUAAAGGUCGAUAUUGAAGAAAUUUCAUCGAGUGAUUGGGAAAACCUUGACUUUGACAGGAAACAAUGGUUACUUUUCCUUUGUGGCGAUAACAAUGUUAAUUGUCCAGAAAGGAAAACUAUGACAAAAUUAGCUGCUUCGUUGGAAGGGUUAAUAUCGACUGGAAUUGUGAAUGAUGAAACGCUUUGCGUAAAUAUAUCACCGAAUUAUAAAGACCACCCAAUCGCAUUUUGGCAGGUUAAAGAUGGUAAAAUAGCUGUCCACAGCAUAAAAGGCGCAGAUACAAAAGAAAUCUUAGAGAACGUUCUUAAUAAACUUCCAAAUCCCAAAUCUGUAGAUGCAGAAGGGUUCAAGAAAAUUCGUACUGGGUUAAGGGACACCUCCAAAGACGAGAAACCCUGGUUGCUUUGUUUUUAUUUAGGAGCAGCUACUGAAUUGAAUUUGCAAUUGAAACGCCUGCCCGCGUUUAUUCCAAAUAUCAAAAUAGGACUGAUCCACUGCGGCAAAAAUUCUGCUCUCUGUGCGACUCUAAACGUCGUCCGAUAUCCCACUUGGGGCAUCUUGAAGGUUGGUGGAGCUUUCGAGUUACAUCAGGGCAGAGAUAUACUCCACGAAGUGGCGGCAUUCGCCCGGGACGGCGUCAAAGCUGUCAAUUUCCACGCUCUCUCGCCUGCCGACUUCAACAAUUUAAUAAAGGAUGGUACCCCUUGGCUUGUCGAUUGGUACGCUCCCUGGUGUCCGCCAUGCAGGAAAGUUAUGCCAGAACUGAGGAAAGCUAGUCAAGAAUUUGAUUCUGAGAAAGUCAAGUUCGGUACGAUCGACUGCACUUUGCACAGAGCGCUUUGUUCGGCGCACGGCAUCAAUUCGUAUCCGACGAUCGUAUUGUACAACAACAGCCAAGUGCACAAGUUCCACAGCGUUCCUAACGCGGCUUCUAUAGCUGAGUUUGUAAAUGAUAUGAUAAAUCCAAUCGUGCUGUCAUUGGAUGAGGUCAAUUUUGCCCAAAUAACAAGGAAACGCAAGGACGAAUUGUGGGCUGUGGAUUUUUAUGCCCCUUGGUGCGGCCCUUGUCAGAAACUAGCUCCAGAGUGGAGAAAAUUUGCUAAAGAGGUGACUCAGUUUCCCGAGGUUAAGAUUGCUCAAGUGGACUGCGUGGCCAAUGCGGAACUCUGCAAUGCCCAAAAUAUCAGAAGCUACCCGACAAUCAGGUUGUACCCCCUUGGAAGUAGGGGACUGACCAGUGUCGCCAUAUAUACUGGUAAUCGUGAUUCUGUGUCUCUCAAGAGGUGGCUUCUUAGUUUUUUGCCGACUUCAAUUGAAUCGUUCACUGCCGAAGACUUCCGGCAAAAUAUCUUGACUAAAAAUUAUUUUCUUCCUUGGCUUGUAGACUUUUAUGCGCCUUGGUGCGGGCACUGCACACAUUUCGAGCCAGAGUUCAGGGUAGUGGCCCAGAGGUUAGAGGGCAGGGUUAGGACCGCAAAAAUUGAUUGCGAGGCAGAACGUGUGUUUUGCGGUAGGCAAGGUAUAACAGGUUAUCCUACUCUUAGGCUGUAUUUAUCUCCCAAAGAAUUCUUCACGAUAGACAAUCAAGAUGCUGCUCAUAUCUUGAGACGGGUAAAAGAGAUCGUUGAGCAGUAUAAACAUAAGCAACACCAUGACGAGCUGUAGUACAAUUUUUUUCACGACUUUUAUGUUUAAAUCAAAUGACAUUAAAUGGAUGGCAAAAUGUAACGGCAUUUCAAAGUUUUUGUUGCCGCAUUAUUAACAGAUUUUAACAAUAACUUUGAUGAAACUAUCAAAGAAAGUGCCAUUCUUUGCGGUGUAGAAGAUAAUUGCUAAUAUUAAGAGUUAGCGCAAGUACUGAAAUUUUCCCGUGGCAAUUGUAAUUUCGUAUAAUUACUUCAGUAGCGUUUUUUAAUACUUGAUGCUUUUUCUGUGCAUAUUUAACGUAGAUCUGAUUACCAUUUAACUGCCUUAAUAUGCUCUUAAUUGAUGUUACCGUGCAGUAU